UAAAGCGACUCAUCAGCCACCGUCCUCGGCCAGAUCAGCCUUCAAACUAGGGUUUUGCCCCUCCCGCUCCGAGAAAGCAAACAGCUCCAGCUCCUACGAUUCCGGCCGCCUCCUCUCCUGCUUCUCCUCCUCGACGCCGCCGCCAAGAUGAAGCUCGUCAGGUUCCUGAUGAAGUUGAACAACGAAACAGUCACCAUCGAGCUCAAGAACGGCACCACCGUCCACGGCACCAUCACCGGUGUUGACAUAAGCAUGAAUACUCAUCUAAAGACGGUAAAGCUUACAUUGAAAGGGAAGAAUCAUGUGACCCUUGAUCAUAUCAGUGUGAGAGGGAAUAACAUUCGUUAUUACAUCCUCCCUGAUAGCUUAAACCUGGAAACUUUGCUAAUCGAGGAUACCCCCAGAGUCAAGUCUAAGAAGCCAACUACAGGAAAGCCUAUGGGUCGGGGUCGUGGACGCGGCCGUGGGCGUGGAAGGGGCCGGGGACGUUGAGCUUUACCUUUCGCAGCUUUGGAAGCUCGUGCAGCGCAAACCUCUACACUAUAACCUACUGCUUUCCCUGCGAGCUGUGUUGAAGAAUGUUGCCGUUCUGUUAAAAAUCAAUCUAGUAGGUCUCGGUGUGGAAUCGUCUCAACUGUUUGACCAAUGUUCAUGUCUAUGUUAGUAUCUUUUGUUCCUAAUCAAUGCGUAAUGUCUUGCCCAGGAAUUCUACUUGCGGGACUCCACAAACCCUUUGAAAUUCUAAGUGGCAUGGUUCUGUUGUUACAGUACUUGUUACCCUGUGGAAUUCUUACUCAAGGGUUAUGACUAGCAGUAAGUUGUGUUGAAUUCAAGCUGACCCAUUUUGUUUUGCAGCAAUGCUUUAAAUUAAAUUGGGUAGCGACCA